AUGAGGCAACGUCGUUUGAUGGAAACCUUGAAUGACUACGAUUGUGAGAUUCGCUACCAUCUUGGUAAAACAAAUGUAGUCGCUGAUGCAUUGAGCAGAAAAGAAAGAGUUAAACCUAUUUGGAUAAAUGUCAAGAGUAUUGAACUGAAGAACAGUUUGAAUGAAAGGUUGUUAGCUGCUCAGAAAGAACCUGUAUUGGAGGCUAACCUUCCAAAUGAGAAAUUAGGUGCAACUGUUGAUCAGUUGUCACCUGGGAGUGAUGGAAUCCUCAUAUUUAAUGGUAGGAUUUGGGUUCCUAUUCAUGGAGGACUUAGAGACCUAAUCCUCCAAGAAGCUCACAACUCCAGAUAUUCAUUACACCCUGGGGGUGACAAAAUGUAUCAAGAUUUAAAGGCCAACUAUUGGUGGAUGGGUUUGAAAAAAUCCAUAGCCACACACGUAGCUAAAUGUCUGACGUGCGCUCAGAUUAAAGUUGAACAUCAAAAGUCGUCAUGA